AUGCUCAAGUGCCUCCUCCUACCCGUGCUCGCCGUCGCCUUCGAAGACGGCGCGCCGCGCUGGUUCCCCAAGUACGUCGGCGGGCACGAGGCCACGCUCCUCGACGGCGCCUGGGCCUACGGCUUCGCGGACGCGCUGGACUCCGUGGCCGCGGGCGCCGACGCCGUCGCGCGCGUGUCCACCAUGGCCGUCCCCGGCACCAUCGACGCGGCGCCGCCAGGGGUGCCCGGCAAGCGCGGCGUGAGCAUGUACGAGACGACGUUCGAGACGGGGUCGCAGGAGACGCAGUGGCUCGAGUUCAUGAGCUGCUCCUUCUUCUGCCGCGCCUGGGUCGACGGCGCGGAGGUCGGCAACCACACGGCCGGCGGCUACGUGCCCUUCCGCCUCGCGAUCCCGCCCAAGGCCGGCAAGCGCACGCUCGUCGUGCUCGCCGACAAUCGCUUCAACGACACGACGGCGCCGCUCCACACGGGCGGCGACUUUUGGCACUACGGCGGCCUCAUUCGCUCCGUCGUGCUCCACGCGACGACGGGGCCCGCGGUCGCGCGCGCGCACGUCUUCCCCAAGUUCGACGGCAAGGCGUGGGCCGUCGACGUGGACGUGACGCUCUCCGACGCCUCCUUCUCCGGCAAGCUGAAGACGCGCCUGUCCUGGGACGGCGACGACCUCGGCGAGCAGGAGCUCACGUACGCCGACGGCAAAGCGACGACGUCCGUCGCCGCCCCGAAGGACGCGACGCUCUGGUCCAUCGACCAGCCGGCGCUCCACGAGCUCGGCGUCUCCGUGGGCGGCGCGGGCGUCGUCGAGCGCUUCGGCCUCCGCGCGUUCACCGCCGUCGACGGCCGCAUCGCCUUGAACGGCGACGUCGUCAAGCUCCACGGCUGGAACCACCACACGCAGUGGCCCGACACGGGCGCGUCGCCGACGGAGGCGCAGAUGGACGAGGACAUCAUGCUGCUCAAGGCCGGCGGCGCGAACUACGUGCGCGGCGCGCACUACCCGCAGGACCAGCGCUGGCUCGACCGCCUCGACGCCGCGGGCAUCGUCAUGUGGGAAGAGGCGCUCGGCCCCGGCGUGUCCGUCGAGAACACGGAGGACGCCGCGUGGAUGUCGACGCAGGUGACGCAGCUCGAGGAGAUGGUCUACGCGUCCGCGAGCCACCCGUCGAUCAUGACCUGGGGCUUCUUCAACGAGGGCCCGUCGACGGAGAAGAAGGCGUGCCCCGCCUACAAGACGUGCGCGGAGACGCUGAAGCGGCUGGACUCCACGCGCUUCGUGACGUGGGCGUCGAACAAGGAGGACCGCGACGAGUGCCUCGACCACGCGUCGCUCGUCUCGUUCAACGGCUACCCGGCGUGGUACGUCGACUUCGGAAACACGAGCCUCCCGGGGCCGUUCUGGUCGCGGCUCGCGAGCUGGGUCAACGACGAGCAGCCGGGCAAACCGUUCGUCAUCAGCGAGACCGGCGCCGGCGCGAUCUACGAGUACGACAAUGCGACCGCGGUCAAGUGGUCGCCGAAGUACCAGCUGGAAGUGCUUGAGGCCGACGUCGACGUCGCUUUACAGGACGAGCUCAUCUCUGGGAUCACGCUUUGGCACUUCUUCGACUUCAAGGGCAACGACGGCGCGCAGACCUGUGGGCCCUGCGAGUACGUGCCCGACGUCUCGCCGCCGCUCUGCGGCUUCAUCAACGUGACGUGCGCCAAGGGGAAGCGUCCCGGCGGUGCGAACCACAAGGGCGUCAUCGACUUCUGGCGCCGGCCCAAGGAGAGCUUCGCCGCCGUGGCCGCCAAGUACGCGGGCGUGUAGGGGUCUGGGUGCGCCGCUAUGUAAGCGCUUGUUUUG